AUGCUCGAAUCUCUCCACCCUGAGUCGGACUGGAGCCUGAAGAACCCUGCCCUCCUCGAAGAAAGCUUUGCCAGUGCCAGCUGCGACUCGAUGAGGAGGCGGAGGAUGGCAGACAAGGCAGCGCUGGUGUACCAGCUGGUGGAGAACAUGCUGGUGAAGGAGAACGCAGAGAUACUUGUUUGCAAGGGGCUGGAAGAGGAGGCGGAAACAAAACAUCGCCAAGUGGAAGAGAAAGUAUCGGAAGUGAAUCUCUUUCUUGAGCAUGUUCAGAGAAGAACUGAAGGGGAAAUACGAAAGUUGAGACAGGAAACAGAAACGAUCUUAUCAAGCAUGCAGUCUGAAAUCAAAGAUUUGACCCGAAUGAAUGAAACCUUGCAGAAUGAGAUCAGAACGCAAAAGCAUCAGCUUGGUGUGAUGAGAAAUGAGAUGAGAGACAAAGAAAGUCAAAUCUGCAUCCUGUCAAAGAGCUGCGUCGAUUUUAAGUUUGACAUGAUGGACACUUCUGAGCUGAUAGAUCAGCUGGAGGUUCAGUUCGGGUACAUGCCUGAACUGCCGCAAACUGCUCAUGACGUGUUGAACGUUAAGGGACAGAAGGAACAGCUCGAGGCUCUGUUGAGAGAAAGAGACGCUAUGCAGUCAAAUACAAACGAGAGACUGAAUGACUUGCAAGAGCUGGCUUCAGCAGAGAUUCAUGAUUUGAGACGGAAACUUUCGCUCGCUGAAAAUCAGAAGAUGGAUCUAAUGGCAGCGUGGGAAAUGGAGAAGAUGGAAAAUCAAACUGCUCUGGGUGAAACAUCUACAUGGAUAGACAAUCUGAUGGAAGAAGUGAAAAGGAUGCACAGAAGUUUAUCUGACUUGCAACACUUACAUCUAGAGGCUCAGCACAAACUCGAUCAGAUUGAGAAUUGUCAACACGAGCGACAACGAUCGAAGCAGGCGGAGGAGGAAGCAUGUAAACUACUACAACAGGCUUGCAAGAUAACAACUCUGCGGGAUGACGCCGCCUACCUGCUAGGGGCUCUUUCUACAACGCAGAUACAUGAAUGUGUUCAGCUCAAUCUCCUGCAUGUCAUCGAAGGCUCUGUCGAUCGACUGUCUUGCACUUGUGAGAGAAUGUUGGAACGUCAGGUUCUGUUCCUAGCGCAGCUGGAAAGCGAACGAGUGAACAACGACCGGGAGAUCAGGGAAGGGUUGUCAAGGAUGAAACUUGAGCUCAAACAUUUGAGUGAUGGGCUGGCAUCUUUCUGCAAUGAAGCCUUGCACGAUCAAGAUCUGAGGGUUGAAAACUGCAAAUUCCAUCAGUUGUCUUCAUCAAUUCUCAUCGACAUCACUGAACUGCGAGCAGAGAGUCGGGUGUGUUUGCAAGAGAGUGAAGAGAUGGUCCAAUCUUACAACAAGAGGUGCAAACAAAAAGCCUUUCUCAGCCACAAGUAUCACAUCAUGAUCGAAAGAAACGAAGACCUCCAGGACAAGUACGACGCCCUGCUGGAUCAGCUGCAGCAGAUCUCUGAGCAGAGCAGCGUCUUGGCUGCUGUCAGAAGCGUCGGGGAGGAGGCGAGGCUGCACCGGAGAGCAGCCGGGGCCCUUGCGAGUGCUGGCCCUGGACAAGAAGGAGAUGGAGAGGAGGAAAGGAGAGUCCGGGAGUUAACUGACAGGGAGUAUCAAGUCAGUCAAGUGCUGGACGCGCUAGAGCGAUCGGUCAACCGAUUGAGCAUGUUCAACUUGGACCUUGUAGCCAUAACCAACGAGGUUCUGACUGGCAGGGCGACCAGAGCAGCGGCUGGACACGCCACAACAAGACCAGAAGGAGAUGAGAGUUGUGAACAUGAAGCUGAGCGACCAUGGAGAAUGGUUGCGGUUGUCAUGAUGAAAUCAAGAGAGAGGACAAGCAAGAUGAAGACUUUCUCCUUUCUUCAAAUCAAUCGCUCAAUCAACAAGACGUACAAGCAUCUGGUCAGGCUCCAUCAAGAUCGGAUCAGCUGGGCCUCUCGCUACUCCGUUCUGCACAACUUGCAAGAGAACGCGGAGAGCAAGAGGUGGAAGCUUCUCACAGCCGACGUGGAUCACCUACAUCAAACGAUGGAGACCUUGCUUCACGCCCUCUCAACCGUCUCCUUGCAUCAUAACUCGUCAAACGUCCCCUCCUCCUCUUCUCUCCCCAAGAAAUCAUUUGGCUCAUCAAUCGGUCAAAUCUCAGCUGCUGGCUCUGCGUCUCGCAAGGUUGCUCAUUCCCCGUUUGACAACUUUUUAUCCCCAUCCCCGUUGGACGUUCCCCGCUACCCUAGCAAGGAGCUCGAGGUCCUGCUGGGUCAAGUGUGCAAGCUGGAAGAGGAGAAAAGGAUCCUUGACAACUGUGCUGGAAAAGCUGCUGAGGAAAUUCAGCGACUGGUUGCUGAAAAUGACGAUCUUCACAGCACGUUGACUCUCUUACAACAACAUCACAACGCUCUCAGGGAAGAUGUAGACAUGAGCAGGCUCGAAGCCGCCAAGGCUAAGGUGGGAGAAGAACACCUUCGACAGGAGCUUGAGGCGGCCCUUGCGCAUCAUGCAGCGGAGAAGAGAAGCAUGGCUGCUCAGAUCGUGAGGAUGCGCGAGAAGGUUGAGAAGGAAAGCACUGGGGAGGUGAGGCAGGUCAGAGAAGAACUGAACAAACAGAUCGACCACAACAGAGAACUGCUCGAUGAGCUCGAGUCAGCCAUCGUUAGCAACCACAAGCUGCAGCAAGCCAACCACACCCUCGACCAUAUCCUUUCGCGGCUAAGAGACGAGCUCACUUCGCUCAAGUCAGCCAUGGUGCAUGCUGUGGACGACCAUGCUGGCAAGAAUAGUCUUGAAGCCUUGCUUGGCACCAUCGAUCGAUUUCUUGACGAAGCUCAGGCGCUGUUGGUUGAAUGA